UCUCUCUGCCGUGACGGUAAUAUUAGCAACGCUUCCUAAGGAGGAAAGCUCCCACAUAUUCCUGCCGCGACCCGCAGCCCUCUUCUUCCACCGCUGAGACUCUAUCCAUCUCUCUCUCUCUCUCUCUCUCUCUCCGCCGAUAUUUCUCGGGAAAAUGGCAAAUGCAAGAUCCGGGAUGGCUGUGCAUGACGAAUGCAAGCUAAAGUUUUUAGAAUUGAAGGCAAAAAGAACUUACCGCUUCAUAGUUUACAAGAUCGAGGAGAAGCAAAAUGAGGUUAUAGUGGAAAAGCUUGGCGAACCAACUGACAGCUAUGAGGAUUUCUCUGCAAGCCUCCCUGCUAACGAGUGCCGAUACGCUGUUUAUGACUUUGAUUACGUGACGGAGGAGAACUGCCAGAAGAGCCGGAUUAUUUUCGUUGCUUGGUCCCCUGACACGGCGAAGGUGAGAAGCAAGAUGAUUUACGCGAGUUCGAAGGACACGUUUAAGAGAGAGUUGGACGGAAUUCAGAUGGAGUUGCAAGCUACUGAUCCAACCGAAGUGGGUCUCGAUGUUAUUAGAAGCCGUGCUAAUUGAACGAAAAGCAUCGUCGAUGAAACGAGGUUCAACUAUCCAAUCUGUUCUUUACGGUGACAUGUUUAUAGCCCUAUGAUCGUCAAUUUGGUUUACUAUUGCACUUCGUUGAUGAUUCGACUUGUAAUUCGUAGAUUAUUGGUACCUCAUUUUGGCUUGAUAUACAAAACCAAUAUGGUGGUUUAUUGGAAUGGAUAUCACUUGUGUCC